AGUAGCGCCGCUCGGCCGGCAGGUGUCUCUGCGCGCGGAGCUGCAGCGGAUCAGCGCGCGGAGAGGAAGAAGCGCGAGCAUGUACAAGGCGGUGCAGGUGGGGGGCGUGGCCGGGGGCGUGGCCGGGAUCUCGGCGGGUCUGGGUCUGAGGUCGGCGCUGGUUUUGGCUGCAGGAAAAGAACCCAGUGAAGAAAUCAGCGUAGAGGAGCUUUCUCUCUACACGACCCCCCCGCAGAAUCUCCACUAUGUGGAGCCGGAGAAAGGACAGGUGGAGGAGGGCGUGGCCAUGCUGAGACAACUGGCAGAACCGUAUACCACCUGGAGCCAGGAAACAGCCAGCUCGACCAAGCAGAGAGUACAGGAUGUGUACGGAGCGGUGAAGCCGAAAGUGGACGGAGCGGUUCAGUUCGGACAAGAUUCGUACGAGUAUCUGAAGAAUCCGCCGCCGGAGUUUUACCCUCGAGCCGGAGUGAUCGGAUUCACCGGCAUCAUCGGACUCUUCCUGGCCAGAGGUUCCAGGCUGAAGAAGCUGAUCUACCCGGCCGGUCUGAUGGCGGUUGGAGCCUCUCUGUAUUACCCACAGGAAGCGGCCGCCAUCGUUAAGAACUCUGGAGAUGCGAUGUAUGACUGGGCUCUGCAGACUUACGUCACUGUGGAGAAACUCAUUAAAGGAAAACCUGCAGAGAAGAGUGGAAAAGCAGAGGAGAAACCGACCAGCGGAUCAGCAAAAGAUUAGGUACUGCACCUGUCUGUGGUUGCUAUGGUGAUGGGUGUACUGUUACCUGUGAGCUCAGGUGUGGAGGGGUUUAUUGCGUAACCCCGCCCCCAAGACCUUUGUUCCACUUUUUUACUUCCAUCCGUCCAUCUCUCUCUCUCUCUCUUUCUCUCUUGCUCACUUCUUUUGGCUCACCUUUAGCCCUGCUGUUGCACUGGCCCCUCCCCCUGUCACUCACAGCAGAAGGGGCGUGGCUAAUAUUUUAACACUUGAAAAUUUGAGCAAGAACUACUGCUAUGGAAUUUUAAAGUAUAUUUAUGUACAAACCAAAAUAAAGUAAUUCUAGAAUUAA